AUGUAAAAAUAAAGGAAUAAUAGUCCAAAAUCAAAACAACAGCAAGAUCAUGUCACCUUCUGUUAUCAAUUAUUAGCUCAAGCAAACUACAAACACCCAGAUGACUGUUGUGCAAUAUCAAUUAGCCCAAAUAACAACCUUUUAAUUUGUUCUGCCUAUGAAAGCAUCAAAGUCCUUUAAUUUAAAAAUGGGUCUCUAUAAUAUCUGUAAUAAAUAAACAAGCAUCAUGAGAAUAUCACAACACUAAACUUCUUUCGUAGAAAAAUGAAUUUCCUCUCCAGUUCAUGUGACGGUUCAAUGAUCAUUUGGUCUUCAUCUCUUAUAUCAAGUCUUAAAUUCAUAACAAAAUUGAAUGCCCAUUCUGAUUAGAUAAAUUGCGUAGUCGUAACAAGUAAUCUUUAAGAUGAUCUCAUCAUCAGCGGUUCAUUUGACUAAACAAUCAAAUUUUGGUCACCUACCUGCUCCUUGCCUUCCUCAUGGUCAUGCAUUUAGACCAUCCAUGAACAUACUUCUUUAAUUUAUGGAUUGUCUAUUAAUGAAGAUGGAAAUAAAUUAAUAUCUUGUGGUUAUGAUGAAUUAAUCUUAGUGAUUGAAAAAUCUAACAACAAUAUUUGGGAAGUCAAAUAGAAAAUUAAGGUUGAUGUAGGAUUCCGUUUGGCUUUCAUAACUAGUAAUAUCUUUGUAUUUUAACCCUAUAAAAGAGAGCAACUUAACUUUUACACUUAUGAUUAGCUCUCAUAAUAAUAUAUUUAAUCGAAAACAUUAUCAAUUAAAGGAAGUGGGCAAAAAUGUUAAUAAUAUUUUCCAUAAAUGUUUAUUCCCUCCAAAUAAAUUCUUGUUUCUAAAAAUGGUCACGCAAUUAAUUUUAUAAUGUUCCACUUUAUCUCAAGUGUUGAAUGGGAAUGCAAUCUAAAAUAUGUUAUUUCUUUUGAUUAAUGUGUUAAUGGACUGAUUUUUGGUACAGUGAGUGAGAAUGGAGAAUUUUUAAUAACCUGGGAUUAAAAAUCUGAGUAGAUUUAAAUUCGAUAAUUCAAAUGUUUAUUAUGA